GAAAGCAUCUAUCGUCACAGCAAUGGCGGAUGUUGUAAACAGAGCCAGCAGCUUUCUGAGGCCAACGCUAAACCUCCGUUUUUGAGAUGGACAGCGUAGAGUUAGACCGGUUAGACAGCCUGGAAGGGUGGGUAGCCAUUAAAAGCGACAUAUUUGAAGAGGAAGAAACGUUUAAGCUGGGUUUUAUCGUCCAGUGGAAUGUAAUAGAGUCCAAGUUCGCAGUCACCUGUCACAACCGCACGUUACAGCGACAGAAACGCAAGGCUGAAGUUUCCGUCGGUGACCCGCAGAUGAGCUGGGCUGGACUCUUCUCCGUCAGUGAUUUAAAACACAUUCACCAACAGUUUACGUGCGUGGCAGACGUCCUGGGGGGCUGCUUCCCGGAUAUAUCCGGCUUUGAAGAAAGUAACAUCUGGGACUUGCUGUUUCUCAACCGAAGGUCGUGCCCCGAGGAUGACAGCGAGAGAGAUUUUGAUGCCCCAUGUAGGAAACUGGAGAAAUACUUCAGCACUGCCAUCGACCUCUGCGGUCGGAAGAUUGUUCUGGAAACUUUAUUCACUCAGGAUGAGCGGGACGUUGAGGAAUAUUUUGAAAACUUACAGGAGUUCAAGAAGACGACGAUGCAGGAGGAGAUGUCGAGGGCCAAGAGUCACCUCAGACAGCUGCUGCAGAGCCACCGCAGUGCUGACCGGAUGGUGGCGCUGCUCAGGAUCUACGAGGCAGAAGAUGAAGCUUAUCGAGACCUGGUGGCUGUUGCCACCAGCUUCUUCCAGUAUCUGCUGCAACCUUUCAGAGACAUGAGAGAACUGGCUUGCCUUUACAAAAUAGAGAUUCUGAAGUCUUUGGAGUUUGAGGACUUGGGUCCCAAGAGAAUCGCAGCUCUGGAGAAGGAGGCGGAGGAGUGGAGAAUGAAAGCAGAAGACGCUGCCGCCUCUAUUCAGGACAUCACUGUCACCUACUUUGCUCAGACUUCAAAGGCUUUGGCUGGUAUGUUAAAACAGAUGGAGGAGGAUAAACGUCGUUUUGGACCUGCUGCCUGGGCGUCUGCUGCUCCUAGGCUGGAGAAACUGCGCUUCCUUUUUGCUAAGGAAACAUUGCAGCACAUGCGAGCUACAGAGAUGUGUCUCAGUCGCAAAAAAGACACCAUCAAAGAGCGGCUGGAGAACCUGCUGAGAAGAGACCAGAACCAGAGAGCUGAUUCAAGGUCUGCAUUUGGGGACGGACGGCAGCAGGACACAGUAGACCAGCUGGAACUGCAGUUCUAUGAAACCCAGCUAGAACUAUAUGAUGCCAGGUUUGAGAUCCUGAAGAACGAGGAGCAGCUGCUGGUGGCUCAGAUCGAAACCCUGAGAAGACAAGUCAAAGAGCUGAAGGAGGAGGUGGUGUAUUAUGAUGUGUGUGAGGAUCAGGAGGAGCUGCAGAGCAUGAUCCACACAGAUCUUCAGCAGGCCGAUUCUCCGAUCAUCAGUCAGCUCAGGAGACGCCUGCAGAGCCUGGAGAGCAAGAGAGGCAGCAUCUGUUCCCGGAGGGCUUAUCUACGCAACAAGAAGGAUCAGUGCAUCGAAGCACACGAGCAGAAGCAGCUGGCAGGCAAGCAGAGCUCUAUGCUCCUCAGCCAGCAUCAUCAGGUCCACCUGAAACGAGAGAAGAGGAAGGAGGAGGAGCAGAAGAGGAAGCAGUGGGUGGACCAGGAGCGAGAGAAGACUCUGAGCAGAUUACGAUCCUUCAGAGAGAGGCGACAGGGCCCGUACAUCCUGAAGACACCCCAGUCCAGGAAGUGUCCUUCAGAAGUCUCUUGUGUGUCCCAGCCAAUGUCCAUCAUCAGCCUCUCACCCUCCACCUCCCCUGAAGAACCACCCUCCAUUCGCCCGGCACCCAGACGCAACAAAACACCCAAAAAACAGCAGCCUAAAGACAUCCCUGUACAGAUCUACUCCGCACCGCCACCACCUUCUGUACCACCUCCUCCCCCUCCUCCUCCACCUGCCAUGCCACCUCCUUCUCCUCCUGUCCGAGCCUCGCCUUCCUCUGAGGACGCGCCAAAGCCUCUCUGUGAAAAGGAGGAGCCUCCGUUUCCAGCAAAGAACAUGCUCAAACAGAAUAUAGGAACUAUGGAUGAAAUUCUGGCCUCACUGCAGCGCGGGCAGAUUAAGCUUCGAAAGGUCUCUGCUGUCAAGUCUGCCGAGGACCCUAGGAGCAAUCUGAUGUCUGCUAUCCGACAGGGAGUCACCCUCAAGAAGGUGGUUCCUGCGCAAGAAGAAGUCCCGAGCAGAGGAGACAACGAGCUGGAGCGCAGCAUCAAGGCUGCGAUGAUGAGGAUGAAGAAGGUGGCAGCCGACUCAGACGAGGAGGACAGAGCAGAGAGAGUCCAGUUCCAGAAAGCGAGCCUGUUGUUUUAAAGACCAAACUGCUGCAGUCUCACCUGCUCCUUCUCCUGCAGCUCAGCCUCCAGCUCCUUCACUCGAGCGGUCAGCUGGGCGUUUUUCUGCUUCUCCUGGUUGGCUUCGUUACACUGGGCCUCAAGUUCUGCAAUCUGAGCAAAGAAUAAAACAAGAGGGUUCCCUUUUAGUCAAGUUUCAUCUGCCGACAAGACUGCUUUUACUUUAUUAACGUUUUAUGACAUUUAUUGACUUGUGUAUCAAUCUAGUCUCAUCUUGAAAACUGACAUUUAUUGAAACAGAACAAGGAGCGGCAGCAUGCGACUAAAGUGUUGUUGCAACAGCAGCCCAUGCCGCUGCAGAAACAGCCCACAUUGAUUAUGAAACUAAAAUGAUUCUAUUUAUAGUGGACUCAGACUUGUGCUGGGAACACUGAAGCUAAUGAAACGUAAUGCAUUCUGAUUUCUCGCCAUAGAGAAAUCAACAUUUACCUCAUCAAUAUUACAGAAGGGAUUCUCUUAUCAUGCUUGACAGAUUUUAAUAUAUUAACUCAACUGGUGGGGAGCAUCAAAUCAUUUAUCUACUCUUCGUCAGAGGCCACUACAGAAAUCUUAAGCUGUCACUAGUUUCUCCACCUACAGGACUGAUGUGUGUGUUGUGUGAUUCAGCCUUCCUGUAGGACACUCUGUGGCUACCUUUUGCCUGAGCGCGUCACUCUCCUCCUUGCAGGUGCUGAACUGUUUCUUCCAGCUCUCUACAUUAGAGGAAGACUCCUGCAGUGCAUCCUCCAGUCUGGCGUUAUUUUCUUUUAAAGUUUGGAGCUCCGUUUCCCACUUCUUGGUGUUGGCGUUGCUGCCAGACAGGAGAGACAGAGACAUAUUAAUGGGUGUUAAUGAUGGAAGUGAAAUUGAGACUGAGCAGCGGUGAAAUGGCUGAGUCUUGUGUCUACUGACAGGGCACAUAAUGCUGCAAAAAUCCUUCUGUAAUGAUUUAAAAUUAGCCACCAUCAUGCUGCCAAGUGGUAUUCAGGCCCAGCAAAAGGCAUAAGUUAAAUAAGUUCUUAUUAUAUUUUGUGUAUCAACACAGUUAGUUUUUUAGAUGACAGGGUGCAUGCGUUUCUUCUAAAAUAUGGUUAUGAUUCACAUCGCUAUUUGCAUUUUUCAUGCGUGAGUGGUUUAAAAUGUUCUAGCCUGUAUUUAAUGUGGAUAAGCUAGCACAGCAGCAUCCUGCUGCAACAUUUCCACAAAGAUAAACCCCAAAGCCCUGUAGAGGACCGGGAAGGACCAACGGGGACAGAGAAUAAGCUGAACGUUUUAACAACAGGAGCAGGACACAGGGAUCUGAUGCCAGGAUUUUUUCCUUUUAACUAUUUUUUAAGUGACCCAUAACACGAUUCUAAAUGUUUAGAGUAAUUAUGCUGAAAUUAUUGUCUUUACAAUAUAAAAUUUUCCAUUAUUUAUUUAUAUUAUUUUAUUGUUUAUUUAAAUCAUGAAGACAUCACAAAGUCCAGGAAUUAUUUAAAAUUCCUUAACAAAAUAAAAGCUGGCCAACAUCGUGUUUUAUGAAUUAAGCUUGUGUCCUUGAGGACAACGUUGGUUAUUGUUUUAUUGUUGAAGUUGUGAGAGUAUGAAAAAGUGGAUUUUUUUUUAUUUAUGCAAAAUGUUAUACUUAAUUUUUUUUUAAAUCAAGCCCUUUUAUGCAUUAAAGCAGUUACAGAAAUAAAACACAGGAAUCCUUUAAAUCUAUGAAACUAAACAUUAUCUACAGCUGUAAUGGACAUUUCCCAACUUGGUUACACUUUAGAUUUUCUCCUUUUCCCACCUGGAUAAAAUAUGACUCUCUUUACUAUUUUCAUAGAUACCCAGAUUUAAUUUAGGCAAAAACCACUUAGUGUAGCCGUUAAUUGCCUUCGCCAUCCCGAGGUCAUUUUGAUCCCAUCUGGAAGCACAUCUGGCGUUUCAUACAAUAACAGAUUUCCACGCAUCGGGAUUAAUGAGUUCAGAUAAGCUAACAGUGGAGUGAAGAGUGAAUCGUUGUCAUUUCUGUGACAUCAUCUGAGCAGAAAUGAAAUAAAUUGUUCUUCCCAAGUUUUUUUGAAAUAAAACCUUACCUCUGCUCUACGACGCUCUUCAGACGUUCGUUUUCAGUCUUCAGCUGGGCGGCCUCUGGACUGACGAUGGAGAUUUUUUCAUCAUCUGUUCCGUUAAAGCUUGACGCCUGGUCGGCUGAAGGCGUCUGGCGUUCAGACUCCUAGCAGGGAAUAAAAUACAGGGGGGGGGGGGGGGGAAGUAUUACGAUACACUCUCUCUAUGUGGAACAAAUGACCAGGUCUUACUUCUGCAAAGACCUUGAGCACGCAGUCAGCAGAAGGGUGAGAAAAUGCUGUUGCAAAUAUUUAUCACAUCAUAUUGGCCGGCAGCUUUGUGGGUCAGCAGCAGCAGGAGAUUGAUAACUCAGACAACAUUUUAAAAAAGAAGUAUUUUUUCAUAAAGCCUACUUGUUCUGACUUGAUGGCUGCUCACCUUCCUAACCUAUGGUGUAAGAUGACCCUUGACCUGUCAUUUAUGAAUGUUCUAGAUUUUGUUGACAUUCAAAUCAACUUAUUAACAACUAGAACCCAUAAACUCUCUCUUCCUCUUAACUACUGGUGAUUUUUUCCUCUACUGUACCCAGCAGUGGGUGGGUGAGGCCUUACCUGAGAAUUAUUAAUCACCAUCUCCACCUUCUCUUCAGAUUUGUCCCUUGCCAUUUUGGCAGCAUCUUUUACUUCCUGAAAUUUUUCAGCAAACUGAAAACACAAGACAAAAGACUGAUCGAACAAGCUAACCUCCCAUAGGAAAUUACAAAUGUAAUCAUUUUUAAACGUUUUGGGUGAAUGAUGAAGUUAAUUAUCCAGAAUCUCAGGAACAGAUAAAACUACUCCCUUCAAAACCUGAAAUCCUUUACAACUUCAUGGUGAUUAAAACCAUCUGCAGUCUCCAGCCAACAUGAGUGGCUUUCUACAGAAAUGUUUCAUCUCACCUUUGACAGCUGCUGCUCUGAAGAAAAACCCAGUCCAAACACCGUGUUGGCCCUGCUGUCUGCCCACUGACCAAACUUCUGUGACGUUUUGGUGAACGUCAUGUUGGGUGUGAUUGUGCUGUUGAUGAUAACCUGUCAGGAAUAAAACAGCCAAUUACAUUUCUGGAGAUCUGACCGGUCAUCGAUGGAGUCAGACUAAUAUAUUGACUUCCAGGAUCGUUCUCAUAGAUUUCCAUCAGGAUGGAACAUGCUCAGCUUGAUGCUGCUCAGUCACACUCAAAUGAAAACAUUAUAAAUAUUCAUUAACGUAGUGCAGGCACAUUAAUCUCAGCAACAGAAAACAGUGUCCUAAAAGUUAUUUUACUCAACAAUCAUAGAUAAAUGGUCGUACUUCUGUUAAUCAACCAAAGACAUCAAAAGGUACAAAUACUCUGCAGCAGCGACUACUGACCCAGUAACGUUUACUCAAAUUUUGGUCCAUAUUUCUUACAGAACAUGUUCACUGUCUGUAGCCAAGGUGACCGGGUGUCCUUUGUGUGGAACGGCACAACAUUUAGUCCCUCGUCCCUUGUCCCAAAAGCUGGGAUAAUGUCCCACAUUUCAAUUCGCCCUCCUUCCCAGAUGUCAUCGACACUGUAAGGCUAGCAGUCUUGUAAAGAUUUGGGUAAUAUCCAAACGCUGUGAUUGAAGCAGGAAAUACUCAUUGUUGCUUUUUUUUUUUUGAAUGAAACAUUCCACAAGUGGGGUUAAGUGCAGGUAAGCUUGCAGUUGCAGCCUAGCUAUGUUAAAUAGAAAAGGUUUGGUGUAAUUUUAAAACACCAGCUUAUAAUAAAAAGGAUUUUAGUAGAAACUGACUAAUUAAAAGCCCAUAGCAUUCCACCUGCAGCAUCUUUCACGCCAGAGUGUCAACCUAAGAUCAUGUCAUGAUGAGAAACAAUAGAUAUAGAUGUUUUUAAGUCUUUGUACGUCAGCAUUAGCCAGUCCUCGCCGCCUCAGCUUCUGCUGGUACAGAAUGCAGCAGCACUGUUUUUAACAGAAGACUAUUCUUAUUUUAGCUUCUCUGUACUGGCUGCUGAUCCAUUUUAGAGUUCGGUUUAAUUCAAUAUUUCUGUUUAAGUCUUUAAACGGUCUAGCCCCACCAUACCUCUUUUGACCAGCUGUUCUUGAAAGUACCCAGAACACAAGCGGAGAUUUUCUGUCCUCUCUCUUUGUCUUUUGAUUCUGUUUAAGUGUUUUUUUUUAUUUUUGUGUGGCUAUUUACAAGUUUUCCUGUAUUUGAUUUUACUUUUCUGAGAAUAUGUUCUGUGUUUUUUUUUGGCACUUUAAUCUGCCAUUAAAAAAAUACUUCAUAAAUAAAUUAGGCUUGGUCUAUUCAAACCUUGAAAACACCCUUAGGUCCAUGUCUGCUCAUGUGACAUCACAAUGUCUCACAUGAUCUGUUAGCAUUCAAAUUGUGAGUUGUGAAUAUCUCUCAGCUAGUUCUGUAUUGAAUUUUAGCUCCGUAUCUGUAGACUGCACAGUUGUAGUCCUGUCCCUGUUCGCUAAGGUUGAUUAGCUGCCGCCAUCUUGAAUUGGGUUGUCUCCAAAAACUAAAGGUGGAUUUCUGGUUUUUUUUUAUUCAAAUCUGUCCAAUCUACAAACAAAUACACCAAGGUAAUGUCUUCUGCCUUUAGAAUAUUAAAGAAAUAACAUAUGAACUUCUGUAUAGAUUUAAAAUACAGCCCAGUAAUCCUGUGAUGCGAGAACAUAAUUUCAUUAAGCUCUAUUAAUGCAUUGCAGAGAGCAGCAACAACAUGUCUGACCCUGUACAGAGGGUCAGACGAGGAUGUAAACACAACAGCUGUAAACCAUCACAAUCCCAACGUCACCACAAAGAUGUGAGAACUUUAAAGCAGCACAGGCCAAUUACCCCAACAAUUAAGACACAACAGAAGACAGAUUAAUCACAGAGCAGUCCUUGUUUCAUAGCAACAUGAACAUAGGAUUCAGGAAUCCAAACUGCUGACAGACUCGUGUCCUUUUUUACGCCUCCACCGUCUCCCUCUCCAUCUUUUCAGUGGCCGAGGUGUUGAAAACAUUUUCACUGCAUCAUUACUGGACACAGACGGCGCCAGCCCAAUGAGAAUAUUAUUACACAACACCAUUAUUAGCUUUAUUCUUUGAAAGAUCAUCUCCCACAGACACACCUUUAUCAUUUUUCAUAUACCGCAAACAUCAUUCAGGCAGCGUUCGCUCCAUCAGCAGCAACUUAACAAGCUGCCACUCAUCAAAUUUUAAAAACACCACUUUCAGAGGCUUCACCACAACAAAUGUGACCCAAUUUACCCUGAAGAGGAGGGAACCUGCGCGGAGCCCAAAACAACACUCACUCGUCUCAUUUAAAGCAGCCAAGUGAAUAUUUAACAGAGCUCACUGCGCUGGCUCAAAGACAAGUGUUAAGAUGAGAUAAAACUUUAAUGAUCACUGAGGAAGAAAUCAGGCCGAGGCCGCUGGAACAGGAAAUAAUCAUAAUGUAAACAAACAAUAGAUGCAGGUUUGUCCACAAAAUGCCUGACCAUCUGUACAUAAAUUAGUAAUAAACAAAUAGCAUCAAAUGCAUGAUUAACUAAUUUAUAAUAAACUAACAUUAGAGCAUCAUCACUGUUCAAAUCAUUUAUCACCAUUUCUGUUUCAUGUUGUUGCACAAAUCAACACAACGAGGAGCUUAAGUCUAAGAACAAAAACAUGAAUACAAGUCAAUGGGGCUAAAAAUGCUAUUUUCUAAUCCCGUUAUGUGCCAUGGAUCUCACAUAUGAUGUCUGUGAAUUUAAGACGCAUUUUGAUGCCAAGAACGAGCUCAUUUGCAAAUUGGGGAAAAAAUUAUUUUAAGUUGUGUGUGAAAAUACGUCUAGGACUACAAAAAUGCGCAUCACCAAAUUGAUGUCAUUGAACUGGAAACGGAAAAAGGCAAAGGGAAAAUGGCUUUAAGUUAAUCAAACUUGAAAUCCUUGGAAAGAACCACCAUAAAUCUGGCCAUGUGGUAUGUAGCAGCUAUGCUAGGGGAGAGGAGAUUCUGUGGUGACGUCAUCUAUGUGACACACUGCUGUCCAAGUUGUAGUCAUGCUGAUGACAAACUUUUACAAGCCGAUCAGUCUCAACGUACAUGACAGGCGUGGUCAAAACACACAUAACUUUUUAUUUAAAGUGAAGUAGUGCAAACCAGGGCGUUUUAGCUCUGUUGACUUGUGUUCUUUUUUUUCGUUCUUCCAGGGACCCGUGAGCUGACUGGAAAGAGAGAAGACUUGGGCUUCCUAUACAAGUCAAACUUUCUGCUGUAAAACAGGCCUAUUGAUCAGCCACCACACCCCACUGUGGUUCUGUGAAUAAGAAUCCAAACAAAAGUACCAGUAAAGGCUUGUGAUUUA